UUCUUCUUGGCGUUUCAUUACCUUGUAUGUUCUGUUCGAUGUGAUCUCUGUUUUUGCCUUUUUUGGUUCAUCCAUUGCGUUGAGUCAUACUUAAAAUAUUUGUGUUUUUUUUUCUUCAUCUUUUUACUCGAAAUGCUUGAAUUAAACCCUAGGGUUUGGGGUUUUGAGCAUUUAGCCUUGUUGGAACAAGUAAAGGAAUAUGAACUAGUAUUACGAAGAGGAAUUUGUAUUUGAAUUUUCCGACAUCAUAUUUUCUUCUCUACUUCGUUUAUUUAUUUAGUCUGCUCGUUGCUUGAACUUGGCAUUUACUAGAAACUAAUCUAUUCCAAUUGUUAUUGGUAUUCCUCUGUUAUUUGAUUUGUUUUCCAUUAUAAUUUCUCAAUAGUGACGGGCGCGAGUAUCAAAUAUGGGUAAUAAACAAUGUGUUGGGUUUUCGAUCACUUAAAUAUCAGGAAUUAGUAUUUGGGAAUACCGAUAGAAGUGUGCGUCAAGAUGGAAUAUGGCUAAAAAAUGUACUUAUAUUAUUGUCUUAUUGAUAUAUUUGAUGGUCAUAAACUUGGAACUUUGAUAGUACCUCGUUCUUCAAGUUAAAGGUAUGAUUAGUUCACCCGUCACUACUGAGUAAUUAUAAUGGGAUAAUUAAUUUGUUUUAGUUGAGUCUUCAUGGUAUAUCAUACUAUUUCAACAACCAUGGAUAUUUUUUAUGAAGAAUUCUCUUUAGGUAUUUAGUGAUUAUUUCAUCAGUUUAGCAAAUGGAGAAGCGAAAAGACCCAAAGAUUGACAAUGGAACUAGACAAAUAAAAAGGUCCAAGCAAAUACAAAAUGGAUGGCAUGUGGAUCUAUUUGCUCAUUUUAACUGUUUCACCGAGUAGUUGCAUUGUGCGCAUUUUAAUUGUUUCACCGAGUAGUUGCAUUGUUUAAUUCUGUUCGCCAAGGGUUGAACAAAUGGGGGGAAAAAAUCAUCCAGUCGUUUCUUAACUCUGGUCUUCUGUAUGAGAAACUAUGGGUAUCCUUUUGAAUACAAAAGAAAACAAAGCACAAAACAUGGAGCCCAAGCAAAGUGAGAUAUGGUCAUUUUGCAGGAUGUCUGAACUCAUACCUCGCCCAAGCAAAAUAAGAUAUGAUCUUUUUGCAGGAAGUCUGCAUUCACACCUAGGGAAAUUCAACUAGUAUAGCCGACUAUGGCAAGAAUAUCCAGAUCUUGACUUGGCAUUUGUGUUUGAGGGAAGAAUGAUUUAUUCUACUAUCUUUGGGAGAGAGUGAAUCAGAUGUAGGCAAUGUUUAACUUGUUUCGUUGUAAAUAUCUGAUGAUGAAGUCGGCGCCCAAAUUACACACAAAAUACUGGCUGGAACAAAGCAGGCCAGGAAGAUGCGCUUUCCUAACCCUUCGACAUCCUAUCGUCAAGUGGGCCCAGAAGUCUGACAAGUUGUUCAUCACGGUGGAGUUGCCGGAUGCCAAGAAUGCGAAGCUGAAACUGGAACCAGAAGGAAAAUUCUUCUUUUCUGCAACUGCAGGAGCUGAUAAUGUACCAUACGAAGUGGACCUCGAUCUCUUUGAUAAAAUUAAUGUCGAUGAGAGCAAAACUAGUAGUACUUCUAGACAUAUCAUGUAUCUGGUGAAGAAGGCAGAAGACAAGUGGUGGAGCAGACUGAUAAAACAGGAAGGUCUACGUCCAGUGUGUUUGAAAGUUGACUGGGACAAAUGGGUUGAUGAAGAUGAACAGGACAGUAAGCCUGGGAUGGAUAUGGAUUUUAGGGACAUGGACUUUUCAAAACUCAACAUGGGUGGAGGUCCUAGCAAUUUUGAUGCCGAUGUGCCUGAGAGAGAGGAUGACAGUGACACCGAAGAAAUUGAGGACCGACAUCCUACUGUCAAAUGGGCCCAGAGGUCUGACAAGUUGUUUAUCACGGUGGAAUUGCCGGAUGCCAAGAAUGUGAAGCUGAAACUGGAACCAAAAGGAAAAUUCUUCUUUUCUGCAACUGCUGGAGCUGAUAAUGUACCAUACGAAGUGGAUCUCGAUCUCUUUGAUAAAAUUAAUGUUGAUGAGAGCAAAACUAAUAGUACUUCUAGACAUAUCGUGUGUCUGGUGAAGAAGGCAGAAGACAAAUGGUGGAGCAGACUGAUAAAGCAGGAAGGUCUACGUCCAGUGUUUUUGAAAGUUGACUGGGACAAAUGGGUUGAUGAAGAUGAACAGGACAGUAACGAUGAACAGGACAGUAACCGUAAGUCUAGGAUGGAUAUGGAUUUUGGGGACAUGGACUUUUCGAAACUCAACAUGGGUGGAGGUCCUAGCGAUUUUGAUACCGAUGUGCCUGAGGGUGGAGAGGAUGACAGUGACACAGAAGAUACAUUUGUUUUUGCAGGAGAGGAUGACAGUGACACAUUAGAUAUAUUUGAGCUGUAGUGUAGGAAAUGUUGAUGGUCAGCUUGUGAUAUAUUUGAAGGAUCAGAAAGUGUUGUUGUGGUCAUAGGUUUUUGUUAUCUUAUAUACUCCAUUCGCAUCACCCCCAACGUAGGAAUUGUUUGUGUCUUCUGAAGGAUUCUGUCUCGAAACCAAGAUGAGGUUGAGGGAAGAACUGGUUCAAAUACAUAAAUUACAUACAUAUUAAUUAAUGAAAACAAAAAUAAUUAAAGGUUUA